AGGAGAGAAACCCUGGUGAAGGGAUUUUUCAGAAAAUGUGACAGUGGCACUGGUGGGAGCUGGAGAGCAGCCCAGGGCCCCUGAGAGAUCCAGUCCCUCCUUUCCGUGUCCCAGCUGCUCUGUGUGUGUCACAUGGGGCUGUGGCAAUUGGGGCAGGACCCUGUGGGUGUGUGGCACUCAGGGCUGUCCCAUGGCCCUGUCACCCUGUGCUGGGGCUGGACUGGUGCUGUGGCAUGGCAAAGGGCUUGACAAUCACAGGAAAUUUGGGAGGGACCCUAAAGGGCAUUUAGGUCACUCAGGCUGCACCUGCAGAGCAGAUGCACAGCUGGCAGCCCCAGGGGGGCAGGAAAGGCUCACCCCCAUUCCCUCACAUCUUUAUGUCCUUACACCACGUCCCCACUGGUGUCAAACACCCAUCCCAGGGGGGGCAGGAAAGGCUCAGCCCCAUUUCUUCACAUCUUUAUGUCCUUACACCACGUCCCCACUGGUGUCAAACACCCAUCCCAGGGGGGCAGGAAAGGUUCAGCUCCAUUCCCUCACAUCUUUAUAUUCCUUACACCACAUCCCCAUUGGUGUAAAACACCCAUCCCAGCAGCCCCAGGGGGGCAGGGAAGGCUCACCCCCAUUUCUUCACAUCUUUAUGUCCUUACACCACGUCCCCACUGGUGUCAAACACCCAUCCCAGCAGCCCCAGCCCACCCUGCUCUGCUGCAGGAAAUCCCCUGAGAGCACAAACCCAGCUCACAUUCUCAGCUCCAUGGCCUCCCAGCUGGCUGGGAACAUCCCCACCCUCCUCUCCAGGGAGCAGAACUGCCAUGGACACCCUCCAGCUGUCCUGGUAGCAGGGUGGGAUCCCCCAUCCUCACCCCACAGAGGGGGAGCUGGUGGAGAAGUGACCUCAGGGGGGUUUGGACACCAUUUCUGGCCUGGCCAUGGCUCACCCAGCUCUUCCAACCCUCCCAGCAGCACCAGGGAUCAUUCAGCUGGGAAAGGACCUCCAGGACUUCAAGGCUGUGGCAUUAAUGCCACAGUGCCACCAGAGCCAGCCCAUCCCCUGAGGGACUCAGCUCCACCACCUUCAUUUAGGGCAGAAUCACCUGCUUUUUGCUCAGGUGACCUCUGCAGUCCAACAGAAGUGACACCAAUUGCUUGGCUGCUCUGGGCUGUGCUGCUGGGACUGUGCCAUGCUAAUUAACACUGUCUGUCUGUCCCACAUGCUGCACACUCAGUGGUUUGUACAUAUGUGCCUAUUUCUGUGCACGCUCCCCAAAGUAGGCCAUGCUGAGUUACACAACCUGAAAUGCUCAAAUCCUCAUGUGGGCUGAUAUAAAAGUGAAUAUUUAAGUAUUUUAUCUAGCUUGGCAGACGUUAAAAAAUACAAUCCAGGUCACAGAUGAUUGAAUUUCUCCUGUCUCAAGAGUGCCAGAAUUGGGCUGAGGAGGUUCUCCUGUACAUUAAGGUAUCAUGUUCCCUGCUGAAAUAUAGCAGUGGCAUUUCAUUGCCAAAGGAGAAUCACAGAGUGCCAAACAUUUAAUGAGUCCAACUGAUUUCCUGAGAGCUCCUCUUUCCAAUUGAUCUGCUUCCCCUUACUUGCCAAUUUAUGGGCAUAGAUUAAAAAUAAUAAAUAUGGCUGUCAACAGCAGGGGGAAAUAAAAUAAAAGAAAUAAAAUAAUAAAUAUGGCUGUCAACAGCAGGGGGAAAUAUCCUAUGUCCAUACAAAUGGGCUGGGCUGGAGUCAGUGGAACAGUAAAUGAGUAAAUUUGGGUUCUGCUUGGAGAUGUCAAUGGAAGGCUGUCAUCCUUGAGGUCCAUCAGGAGCCUCUUGGACAUCCCAGGUGCAUCUGGAAAGGAACUUUACAGGGAGCACUGUGCCCGUGGCACAGCUGUGAAGCUACAGCAGGUGUGAAGGCUGCUCCUGCUCAGGGUUGGUGGAAGUCCUGCAGUGUUCACCCCUGCAAUUGUCUCCUGAUUUGGAGUGACCAUGGAGCUGGCUGGUGGUGCUGGUGGCUCUCAAAGGAUCAGUGUCCUGCAGGAAGAAAGGACUGGGCAGUUUCCAGUUUCUAAUUUCCCACCCGGGGAAGAGACCCAGAGAGGAGCAAUCACCCAUCCCACAAGGGCUCCUGCCUUUGCAGCUGUUUCACCUUUGGGGUGGUCUCACUCCAGUGACAAACUUAGGGCUGAACUUGGCUUCUUCAGAGAGCUCUUUGCACAGAAGAGCCCUCAAAUUUCCUCCCAGCCACUUUUCCACCUCUCUCUCCCUUUCUAGACACCCAACAGCCUGGACAGAAGCUUUGCAGACUCCCCUGAGCCUGAAUUAACACCUCAGCUUUAACAAAUGGGAGUUUUGCUGGAGGGAGGCAGGUGGCAGCACUGGAGGUGGCAUUUUGGAGGGACAUUGCAGAGGUCCCCAGCUGGCAGGAGCUCUGUGCCACUUCCUUGUGGAUGGAGCAGGGAUGGCCAUGGGAAGCACAGGCUGUUCCUUUCACCAAUAUUCCUGUUUUUCCUGUAGCAGUAGUUCUUUAGGGGGUAAGGUUUUUCUCAGCUGGAAUGUCACUUUACAGAUUUAAAAAAUUAAAAAAAAAAUAAAAUAAAAAUAAGGGCAAGGAGUCUGUCCUGAGGAGUUUACAGUCUACAGCAAAGACCAUGUAACCUGCACUGCACUUUAGAAGCCUCAAAUGCUCACUCACCCGUGAAUUUCCCCUCCAGCAGCCCCUCGAGGGCAGUUGUCCCUUCCUUGGUGGCCCCUGAGCAGCACCAGCCACUCCCUGCUGGUGACAGAGCCCCGGGGCUCUCCUGCCCCACUCCCCACUCAGAAGUGCCUGAGCAAAGCCCAGGAGAGCCAAGCCAUGCUGGGUUUGUCCCUGUCCCCACACAGCUGUGCUCCCUGGAUGGCCUCGGUGGGCUGGGAAUGGCCUGGGAGCCCUCAGAGCUGUCACCAACCAUGGCCCAGCCUCUGGAACCUCCUCCUCCAGACACAACCCAAAGCCAGACUGUGAAUGGUUCCAUCUUUUUAAGAAUCAAAGGGGUUUUGUGUGUGAAUCUCAUUUUUUUGGACAAGCCCCAGGGAUUUUAGGCUCACUCUGUCAAGCUCCACCUUCUCCAGGUGAAAAAUGUGCCUGUAUUUGCCUGGUGGAGGGAAUUAAUAAAAACCAAACCAAACCAAACCCCAGAGUUAAGAACUUCAGGGAGGAGGUGUUUGCCCCAAAGCCUUCAGAGCUGUGCCCACAGGCAGGGUGGGACAGCAGGAUGUCCUCAGGGCAGGACACCACCCUGGUGCUGUCACCCAGGGCAGGACACCACCCUGGUGCUGUCACCACCCUGGGGGUGUCACCAGAGCCUGCAGCAAGGGCUGGGCUCCUGCUGAGGGGAACCCCAGGCAGGAGCUGCAUGGAGAAUGUCCCUGAGGGCAGAAUUGAUGUGACAGGAGCCAAAGUGGUGUCAGAAUCACUGACAGGAGCCUGAGGCCACCACAGCACCACUGAUGCUUCACCUCCCUGGGCAUGUCCAGCAUGGAUUGUCCCUGGGUGCCUCCAGCCUCUUCUUCCUCCCAGGAACAGGUUUAAAGCUCUUGCUGGCUGUUGGGAGCCCCAGUGGGUGUGAAAGAAGCUUUUCCCUGCACACUGGCACUGCAGGGGGGUUCAGCUCAGGUAAUUCCAGCUCUUGGUUGUGUGUAAGGUUAAGAGAAAGAGGAGAAAAUAAGGCAGAAAGGAACCAGCCCAGCAUUUUAGGUUGGUUAUUUUAGGUUGGUUAUGUUCACAUCAUUUUAGGUUGGUUAUUUUAGGUUGGUUAUGUUCACAUCAUUUUAGGUUGGUUAUUUUAGGUUUGCCAUGCUCACAUCAGCCUGCACAGGGGAAACCUCAGCCAGGCCAAAGCCACAGAGGGCAGUGAGGGGGUAAAUCUGUUUUGCAGGUCAAUGUGGGACUGAGCUGUGGCACAAAGGAGCUGAGCCAGGCCUCAGGGAAAACCUUCUGGAGGUGAGGAUGGAGAAACUCAGGUCCCAGAGGCUCUGCCCUGGCUUUGGGAAGCCAGAGAGAAGCUCUGACCUUGUGUGCAGCCAGGGAGGGGUGGAGGUGCCCACAGGGCCUUUCUGGCACCUUUGUGAUUCUCCCUCAUCCCUGGGUGGGUACAGCCCCAGAGCAUCCCCCAGGGCAGGGCAGCUCCUUUUGGUUUUGGUGUUGAGCCUCAAAUAGAAUAAAGGUAAAAUGUGCUGCAGAAUAAACACCUGGGAGGGAAGGAUGUGAGCUCCCAGCUCUUUCUGCUGGAUUUCAAGUUUAAAAGGCAGCAGCUCCUCUGGACCAUCCAUGAUCCACAGAGUGUACUGAAUAAGCCAUUAAGGUGGACAAUUUAACAUUUACCCUUUGAUUUGGGGUAGCUCAGUUAAGAAAUCUAGAAAUAAAAUGUAAAAAAAUAAAUAAAUCCAAAAAUAAGCAAAUAAACAACAAAACCUAACCCACCCACAAAACAAAAAAAGCAAACAAACAACUCACAUGGGAUUUCCAGAAGGAUAAA